GAGGAAGAGGUGGCGGUGGUGGAAGAGGCGGUGGAGAAGGAGCGGCGGUUGAACAGGCGGCCGGGAAGAAAAGUUCGAGAAGCAACACCAGCGCCAGCCAACAUCAACAUCAACAACAACACCAACACCAACACCAACGCCACCACCACCAACAACCACAAUAAUAACAGAUCGGCCGCGCGGUGUAUAGGAGGUGCUGGUGCUCGUCGUGUGCGUUCUGAACGUUUAUUGCGUUGUGUGUCGCGCGCGCGCGCGGCAGUGAUCGUCGGUGUGUGUGCCGGGAUUGCAGGGAAAGAGGUAGUGAACCGAAGCCGCCAGAAUUACGCCAAAUCGGGGAAAUAUGAGCAUUGCUGCCCUACUACAGGCUGCCGAGUAUAUUGAACGAAGGGAAAGAGAAGCUGAACAUGGCUACGCUUCGACGAUGCCGAUGCCCGAUGAUAUGCGGACGGUCACAAAAAGGCCAAAGACGAAAAAAUCCCAGGGCAGCAGGACAACUCAUAACGAGCUGGAGAAAAAUAGGUGAGUACUGCAUUUAUCUCAUUAACUUAAUCCUAUUCCAACUUCUCAACCGUUUUGUUUUGGCCGCGUAAUUAGAGAACAUAGCCUACCAAGACUGUGCAAACUCGCCAGUAUUCACCGAGAAUGAAACUUAGGUUCUUUUUUUUUUUUUUGUCCUUUUAAUGCAACCUUCUUCUUGUCUCAUUCAAUAGAAAUUCAAAUUAAUUUUUGCGACAAUAAAGAUUUUAUUUUACUCAGAAAUCCAGCGGUUAUUUCGGAACGACAUUCGAUAUCGAUAUCGAUUAAUUUUGUUUCUUUAAGUGUGAGUACAAAAUAAGUGAUUGAUUAUUUUAUACGUAAUUUUCUAGAAUUCCAUUACUGCUAAUAUAAGAAUUGCAAACAGACAGAUAGAACGUUCGUAGUUUUUAUAAAACUACUUUAAUUCAAGGCCCGCGAAGCAAAAUUUACUUAAGCUUCGUAACACAUCCGGCAGAUAAUUAAUUACUCGAAACGGUUAAUCUUCGAAUACGGUAUAACAAUCAUUUAAAAUUCCGUUGAUAGUAUUACAUCCAAUUAUACGGAAUUAGCUAACGAUUCCAAAUUAAUUCAUAGCCGAUCGAGGAUCGUGAAACGAAAUUUAUUUAAAAGUCACAACCUGCGUGUAAUAUUUCGUACGUAAUUUUCUAGUAAGCAGUUUGAAGAUAAUAAAGAUAAUCUCCACUCAAAAAAGAAAAAAAAACAAAAAAAAAGAAAAAAAGCAGGGAAUGAAAUUCAGCGGAAUAGAAUUAAACAGAGAAGAAUCGCGGUGGUUGAUGCGAUAUUCUCGCUGGUCGCGCGGCUGCAAAAGCUGCAAAAGAAAAGGAGAAUUAGAAGCGGGGCACGGUGAACGAGAGGAGGGUGAACAGUUGGCGAUGCCGCGACAAAUGAUCGUCCCCGGUCGUGUGUUAAAUUGAAAGCAAUUUACGGUUAUCUCGUGUUGUUAUUCCCGACGUACAAAAGGGCUGGGUCUGUUAAUUAACAUGCGUGAUACGUACGAUUAGAUGCGACCCUUUUUAUAUAUACAGAAGAGAGCGGCCAGGAAAGUUCGAAAUGGAGCGGAACAAUGGCCGACGAGACGCUCAUCGGUGAUGGAACAGGUUUCCUAGGGUGCCUGCCUGCACUAACCCCGAUUGUCGACGUGAUUUAUAAGUCGCGGGACCAUUCUCUUCCUCUCCUGCUCCUCUUCGUACUUGCUUCUCUCUCUCUCUCUCUCUCCUCUCUCCGGAAUGCACGAAAGCGAAACGGUUCGCUGGAUGGUCACCGACCGCGUCAAACACCGCGCAACUUUUGAUUUGUUACUUUUCACGGACGGCUACCGGGGAACGAAACCGAUUACUCGGAGAGAUUCCCUUCAGCUGGAAUUCUGCGAUUUGUGUUUUUGGGGAAUGUUCGACAAGAGGAGAGGUCUCUCGGGAAAGAGGGAAGAUUUGGAAUUGUACGGAAGGAUCUUGACGACACAAUUUGUAGCAGAGAAUGUUUCAGACGGAGGCAUAUUAGUUGAUGCGCAGAUGAACUUUGCCCUUUAAAAUAUAAUACAGUCGUAUAUUUUUCAACACACCAGUCGACGACGAUUCGAAAAAUUAUUAGUUUAGUAGAUGUUUCAACUUUAUUUUUAUAAAACCUGUUGUAUGAUAGAUGAGAAUGAUAUUGACAACAAGGUAACACUUCGCUCGUCUUUCGUACGAUAGAUUUUGUAAAAUUAAAAUCAAAAUGCUGUAUCGAGCAAUUUACAUAAAACGUGCAUCGGCAACGUUUGUUAACAAAGUUUCUUCACAUCUUCAAAAACAACAGAGAUGUUUGAGGCGAUCAUGAAAGUUACUCCUUGCAUGAAAGCAUGAAAUGUAUAUGUUGUGUUGGAACUUUUGUUGGUCUAACUUUCUCAUUCUGAAUCUCAGUUUUAAAUCAGCGAGACAGUGUAUAAAACAGCCUUCGACAAUUUUCUAUACACGAAUCAUGUAGAAAAUUUAAUUCCACAAAUCGAUCCAUCGUCAUCAUAACUGAAAGUCUUGCGUAGUCGACGAGUUGAUCUUUUCACAAGGCACGAUCAUGGUGUUCCACAACUUUCAGCAGUUCAACAGUUCAAAUAGCCUCUUAAGUACAUUAAUUAAACGACAAAUUGGUAACAACAGUGAAAGAUAAUUCUUGGAAAGAGGCAAACUUUUUGAUUCCCUUUAAAUUUUCACCAUUUCGUUUUACAUCGACUGCCACGACUGCCAACGUUUCCAAACAACAAACAUCCCGACAUUCUUAACGACGCUCUUCAAAAAAUAUUUAUCGACACCGAACUAACGAAAUCUUGAUCGAUUGCGAGCGAUUUCAAAGUUCUUCGUCGCGUGUUUCGUCGAUCCUCGGCGACAGGGGCCGACAGAGGUAAGGGCAGAGGGGCGGAAAUGUGCAUAAACGUAGAAAAA